UCGAUUUUACCCCUUGUUCGAACAACAUUUUUCAGGAAACUCCCCGAAAACCCGUUUUGAAAUUUACUAAAAUCGCCCUCGUCUCGCUCCUCAGAUCUCACCUUCAAAGCUCAAACUCCCAAGCUAACAGUAACAGCCACAGCCCAUCACAGACGCCUUGCUCCACCGCUCCCAGAUUUCAAUUUGGAUGGCUGUUCCUCGCAGAAAAGGCAAGUUAGUCUUCGCGUUAACUGUUUCUUUGCUCCUAGCAGCAGAUUUAUUUUGUUUUCCUCGUCUUUGUUGCGUUGUUCUUGCAUCAUCAGAAUCCGACCCCUCUGUAAAUUCUAACUCAGUAAUCGAAACAGACUACAAAAAUGACAUCCAAUUUAAGCAAAAUGACAUCCCUUUUACGGAAACUUGCGUUGAUUACGAUUUGGUAAGGAAACAGCAGCUCCAAUUGGAGAAAUUUCAAGAAUUAGUUAAAAACCUCACGCAACUUGUUGAUAGGUUAGAAUCCCGCUUUUCUGAUGAUCCGGGAAGUAAAAGGAUGCCGUCUUUAUCUUCAUAUGAUGAUGAUGAAAAGAGCGAUUCUGAGAAAAUUAAGGAUUCUGGUAAAGGAGAGAUGAGAGGAGGAGGUGGGAUGAAGUCGGGGCCGUUGUUAGUGACUAAGUAUAACACGUUUUGGGCGGAGAGGUUUCAGUUUGUAUCUGCAGUUAAGUUGAGGUCGAGCCCAUCUUGUGUUAAUGUGUUGCCUAAUAAGGAUUUUGAGGGUUUGAGCAAGUAUUUUGCUGUUGGGGAUGAUAAGGGGAAGUUGUAUCUGUUUCUGAGGAGUGGGGAGGUUGCCUUGGAGUUCGACGCCUUCUCGGAGGCGGACAAGCCCUCUCCGAUCUCUGCUAUUGUGUCUUACUUGUCGGUUUACAAGAACGAGACCAUGAUUGUCACGGGCCAUGUCAAUGGAGCUAUUGUAAUGCAUAGGGUUUGGGAGACGUUUAGUGGUGAUGAAUGGAGCUCGCUUCAUGUGGAGCGAGUUGGGAGGUUUGAGAUGCCGGAGUCUUGGGGUUUGCGGAUUAGCAUGAUGGAAGUGCACCAUGUUGGUAGGAGGAGGUACAUUUUGGCAACGGAUGAGGGUGGGAAGAUCAUGGUCUUCAAGGAGGAUGGGAUGCUAUACGGAACCGCCACUCCUAGUAAAAAACCGAUUGCAUUCUUGAAGCAAAGGCUGUUGUUUCUCAUGGAGACUGGGGCGGGGUCGUUGGAUUUGAGAACCAUGAAGCUGAAGGAGACGGAAUGUGAGGGUUUGAACAGCUCUCUUGCAAAGAGUUAUGUUUUUGAUGCCAUGGACCGCUCCAAGGCCUAUGGGCUGACAAAGGAAGGGGACUUGGUUCAAACGUUGUUGCUAGGUGACGUGAUGAACUUCAAGUGUCGGGUGAGGUCAAAGAGGAAGCUGGACAUGGACGAGCCUCUGGCCUUGCAGGCGAUCAAGGGCUACUUGCUGAUUGCCAACAGGGAGAAGGUUUACGUGUAUAAUGUGUCGUCUCAGCACUAUGUUCGUGCUGGCGGGCUGAGGCUCUUGUUCUCUGCCGGCCUUGAUGAGAUCAUAGCGCCUUUCCUAAACCAGCAACAUGGCGAUGUGAACAUGGAGGAGAGAAUGGGCGAGCCCAUGAUCACCAGCGACCAUGAGAAGCUCGUGAUCAUCAGUCUUGGAAACGGAUACGUUGCCAUGUAUCGUUCCAAUCUCCCCGUGUUCAAGAACGAGUUCAACAGCAUCUUGUGGACGAGCCCUGUUCUGUUUUUCAUCCUCUUCCUCUUUGGGGCCUGGCAGUGCUUCGCCAACAAGAAGGAGGCACUCACCUCUUGGGGCCCCGACGAUCCAUUCACUUCAGCAUCUGUCACGAGUGGAGCUCCGUUAGGUUCAGCCACUGGCGACAGAUCCUUCACGGAUUCUUCAAGAAACUCCGAAAUCAUGGAGCUAAGAGGCAGUGGCCUGAGAGGCUCCUCUAGGUAUGUCUCCCCACCACGGUAUUCUGGUGGAGCGCCCAAUCCGUACAGGCCAGGUGGGUCUGAUACGGAUUCUAGACCUGCUGCCAAUCAUUACAGGCCUAGUGCUGAUACGGAUUCUAGGCCUGCAACGAAUCAUUACCGGCCUAGUCCCGAUACAGAUGCUAGAUCUUCGCCCGUUGACCCCCGUUUCAGAACAGCAGAGCUGAAGUAUCGGGGGUCGAACGUCGAGGCUUCAGCUGUUCCAAAGAGAAGGGACAGCCUCUUUGUAAAUAGCCAAGUUGUGGAUGAUAGCAACUGAGGUUUUCACUAUUACCAUAUUCUACACUCAUAUAACUGUGUCUACCCUCUGCACUUGGCUGUACUUGUCAUUUUCUUGCAUUAUAUCAAAGAACUAAUAAUUGCAUUA